AUGUCAGGCUACAUCUAUGAUGCCGCAACCCCCUGCCCCUCGCGACAGAUGACUUCGGGACUCAAUCAAAGCCGCAUGAGGAACUCGCUCGAUGGUCUAUGGGACACCAGCAUCACCAGCAGUGACUCCACCGAAAACAUCGACUUUACAACCGAAAUAAAACCAUCAGUGCUGACGGGCGCCAAGCCCAGACGCAAAACUCGAUCGAACGCGUCCUUCCUGAUUCACGACGAAUCCGAGGUAGACUCCGCGCAAGCUGCGCCGGGAUUGAGAAAGGCACCAACUACCGCGACAGCCAUCGCUUCGUCUCACAGAAAGUCCCUGCUUACCCAGCCGGCCCAGAGGUUUCGUCCUAAGGUUAGCUUUAUCGCUAGCCCACAAAGAAAAUCACGGCUCUCAGGAGUCGUCACGUCAACGCAGCACAGAGAACGAGGCCAGGAAGAGAACAAUGAACUUUUAUUGCAGAUAAAUGGCGCGAGACAGAAGUCUCACCCUGGAGAUACACUCAAAAAAGCUGUUCGACGCAACACGGUCUACAUACCUCCAGAUGAUACCACAGUUGCGAGUGUGUUCAUGGGGCUAUUCAGUCCCCAGAAAACUGAGAAUGUUGAAAAUCUUCUUCGAGAGGACGCACAGAUCAACAGCUUGGAGGUACAGAUCGCACGGAAACGACAGGCUAAACGAUCCCUUAAGUCAGCCGCGCAGCGGGCGCCGUUGAAUCCCAGCACGAAAAUUGCCCAGGGUGCUAAUAUCCAUGUCGACGUGCCUGGCAAGAAUGGUGGGAAGGAGAAUAUACCACCUGGAUCAUUCUUCAAUGAUAGUAAAAAAGACCAUCAAACCUUGAAGACCAAUGUGCCCUGUGAGCGCAACCAGGCUGUUGCUUCGAAUGGGAAUCGAACUCUCGGGACCAAAGUUGCCUCAAAGCCGACGAACUCGGUGCUAGCUUCCAAGACAAGCAAUCGGAUUCUGAACAAAAAUCAGCCCGAGACCAGAAAAUGCCCAUCCGAGACCGAGCCAGUCAAGGGACAUCCAGUCCACAGCAGGAAACAGACAACGUGUUUCAACCACGAAGCGUUGUCAGCCAAAAGCGAUGAGGCUCCCAUAUCAGCGCGUAAGACCAUGAUAGCGAAGUCGAGAACCCCACGGGUUCUGGAAGCGAAAGAGCUCACAAGAAGUUCUUGUAUCAUUCCCGACAACGUCACGAAGCCGGAAUUGUACGAGGAUGAUUGGCUCGGGCACCAGGAGGUUCUAUUGACCCAGCUUAUGAAUGAGCUAUCGGACACCACUAAUCACCACGCCGGUUGUGUCAAUGCUAGCAAGCUCAGAAAUGAGCUGCUAAUGCUAUACCAAGGUGCCUCUUUUAUACAAUUACAGAAACGGUUGAAAGCAUCAUUACUCUAUGGUGCUCUGAGCCUGCCAAAGGAUGUGCUCAAUGAUGCCAGUAAAAUAUAUCGGGAUCUGGGCCUAAAACGGAAAUUCCUUGACUUUUGGAUCCAUACUUAUGACCUGCAGACUCUUCGAGCAGCACUGGAAGUGAUUACUGGGAGAAAGAUUCCAAAUUCAGUGCUGGCGGCGGGCACCGACCACAUUGGCGGAGAAAAGGCCAUGAAACGGAAAUUGGCAGGCUUCUUGGACGUUUUCUUUUUACAAAACCAGGACAUGGAUCGACAUCCACAGGACUGUCGAGGAGAGGAUGGAAACAUCGCGGGGCGUGCAUACCGUCGAACCUUUCUCCGGAGCAUCAUGAUCAUUGUUCUCCUGGAUCAAGCAAAGCAAUGCUCUGCGGUGUCCCUACCACAUCUCCUUUUCCAGCCUUCGUCCUUGUACAAGUCCUCCAAUGCUGUCUUGCAGGCACUGGGCCAAUUGCUACUACCAUCGUGCGGCGACAUCAUCAAGGCACUGUAUCAUCUUGAUUGCCAGUUGUCCUAUGAGCAGCAAUCUCUGGCGGAGUACGAAUUUGGAAUCAACAAUAUUGCUGUGAACCUGCGUGAUGGAGUGAGACUGGCACGACUUGUCGAAUUGUUGGUUUUGAGGUCAGUCUCAGUUGGAGAUUUGGAAGACCAGAACUGGCCAUUGUCCAGCAGGCUUAAGUUUCCCUGCGUGGGACGGGCAGUAAAGCUGUUUAAUGUGCAGAUCACCUUGGACGCACUGUCUUUGAUGGAUGAGACAGGGAAGCUUGUCCACAAUCUGCGCGCGGAAGACAUCGUGGACGGACAUCGUGAGAAGACUAUCGGACUACUCUGGGGGCUUGUCAGCACUUGGGGUCUCGGUAGGCUUUUAGAUAGUCAUCAAUUGCGGAGGGAAGUUCAUCGACUGAGGGCGACCACUUCCCAAGGCUUGAUCUCAACAUCCUCGGACAUUUCGGAAGGCGAGAACGAUAAAAUCAGGUCCUUGCUCAAACAAUGGGCGAGUACCCUAGCGGAGAACCAUGGGCUGCACCUUGAGAACUUCAGCACGUGCUUUAGCGAUGGGAAAAUCUACGAGUGCAUUGUCAACGAGUACGAGGGUGAUAUGUUUAGAGACGCUCAGUCCUUACCAUCGACCCUAGAGUCUCGCCUUCAGGCCUUGGGGUGUAGUGCGCAGCUUGUGAAACUGAUAUGUCCAUCUGCUUCUGGUGCUCAUAUCCCCGAUGCCUACUUCACGGUUGGAGUCCUCGCCUUCCUCUGCUCUCGAAUAUUAUCUGCCAUCAAACGGGCAUGAAAGGAUUGGGUCGCAGAUGCAAUGCAUCACAACAUGGUUGAAAGGCGGACCUCAGGAGCAGCAUACAGCAAGCGAAGGAACCAUUACUUUGCACAUAAUUUUCUGAACGAUAGGAAGAACAAAAUCAAGUCCUUAGGAUGAUGAGGAGUUUACUAGGAAGCUUGGGUUUAUUUUCAUUGGGACUCGCUCCGGCCACCUUCACCGAU